AUGACAACCAAUUCACGGAAACCCAGUCUUUUUGCUUUAAAAAUGCAAAAAAAGACAAACCGACAAAAUAAUUUAUUACUUGAAAAUGCUGAAACUGAAUUAAGUGAAAAUUCGUUUGGAGCCAAUAGUGUUAUACUAUGUGGUGCUGAAGCUAACGAUAUACAUAAAGAGAAUGUUGAAAAACUUACUAGUAUGAGUGUUGAAGAAAUAUUGAAAGCAAAAUCUGAAUUAUUAAAUAGCAUGGAUGAUAAAUUAAUUGCAUUUUUGAAAUCUAAACGAAAUACUGACUGCAAGAUUGGUAAAUAUGGUUUUAAACAAAAAGAUAGUGAGAGAGUUCAAUUAAUUAAGUCUCAAAAUAUAACAGAAGAUAAAACUAAAAAUUUAUCGCAUAUAAAAGAACUAGUUAACAGUGGUUUGAAUAUGGAUGUAAUUGAAGAGGAAAAACUUGGAUGGACUGGUGAUGUAAAUGUAGAAAAUCAAAACCCAGAUGUUUAUACUGCUCGCUUUGGUUUGGAUGGAAAACUUUUACCUUAUAUAAUAGAAAAUAAAACUACAGUUGAUGGUUUACAUCAUCAUGGGGAAGAACAGCAUCGUCCUGGUUAUACCAUAGAUGAACUUUAUUCGUUUCUUCGUAAAAAUCAUGCUCCCCAAAGAAUACUAGCCUUAGAUGUACUGUCAAAAAUAAUUGUCAAUGCUCAUGAAUAUGAUUCAGUUUUAACUGAACCACUUUUAUGUUCUUUAACAAAUUCUGGAGUAUUUAUAUUGUUUAGAAUGGCUUUAGACGACACCAACAUUGCAAUUAUUACAAAUGCAUUGAAAGCUUUAGCAAAUUUGUUUUCCAGAAAAUCGGAUCGCAAAGUGUUAACCAGUUUAUCUGGUUGUAAUUGUGAUAUUGCUUUACCUGUUUACACGGUGGCAGAAGCCGAAAUUGAUCAACAAGAAUUGGAUAAAUUGUCAGAUUUUGAUUUAGUUGUAUUAGAUCUUAUACAAGGUGCACUGAGAACUGAUUUAAUUUUAAGAUUAGAAUAUAUUGUUUUCAAUAUGAAUGUAGGAUUGAAUAGUCUUGUAGAUAUCUCAGAAAUUUUCACCGGCAUUGCUUCUCGAGGUGAAACAUAUGCAAUUGCUGUUGUAGAAACUAAUUUGUAUAAACAUAUUUAUAAAUUAGUAUUUACUAACUUACAGUCUGAUAACCUCUCAGAAACCUUUGUAUUCCUUACUCGAGUAAUUAUUAGUCAGUCUGUUAAAUGUGCUUUAAAAGUAUUAGAAUUAAAAAUCCUAGAUUUUAUAUUCAAAUAUAUAAAUAUUCCAACUAAAACACCAUUGUUAUUAGAAUGUUUAUACUUAUGGCAAACUUUUUUUGAAUACAAAUUGGCUGGGCAAACAAUUACCGAGCUAGCUAAUCUAGUAUUAAAAUUUGUUGAUCAUUCAGUUGGGUUAAGUGCAAAUUUAACAAAAACUGAUUUAUCUCUGAUGUCAGCUAGUUUGAGCCUUAUAGAUUCUGCUUUAAGAAAUUUUGGUCAUAUUUACAUUGAUCCAGUGUAUCAACUCGCAGAAGUAAUUUUAGCGAAAUUAAUAAAUAGUUCGAAUCUACUGGAUUUUGAAACAUCUAAACUAAUUGGUAACUGCUUCGCUGUUCUCAGUUCUCAAAAUUUGAAAUUUGAAUCUGUUUCUUUGAAAGCAGUUACAUAUUUGGAUAAACAUUUUGGAAACUUUUGUGAAAUACUAUGUAAAAAAUCAUGGUUGACGAGCAAUUAUGUGAACAAUAGUCCAAAGUGCUAUCCCAAUCUUGGAUACAUAAAUCUAUUAUUAAAUGAAGGAGAACCUUUGUUCAUGUUAAUUGGACUAAUGAAAUUCAUUGAUAAGAAUCCCAAAAAUUUUAAUGUGCCUUUACAAUUUUGGACAUAUUUAAACAAAUUAAUGAAAUCUCCUAUAGAAGUAUCACACUGGUAUAGUAAAUAUGAAAUAAUAUUUAUAAUGUGCACUCUCAAAACUUUGGUGAACAAUAAUUUUAAAACAGACUUAAUUCAUAAAAUUGCUGUAACACUUUUGCCGUUUAUACCAAAAUACAUGACAGAAGAAUUGUGUUACACUUUCGACUUGUACUUUAAUAGUAAUUAUGUGGAAUGCAUUAAACAUGAAUAUAAUUUUAAAAUUUUAAAAUCAUUCUAUAAUUUAUUAAUACCCAAUACCAAAAGCACACAGGCAAGUAUAUUAAUUACAGAAUUAAAUCCUGUUUUACCAAAAGAUUGGUUAUUUUUACCGAUUUUGAAAAUUCAUGAAACUUCUAAAAAUUUCAAAAGCUCUACAGAAGGAGAAACUCUUCUUAAAGAAGCAUUGACUAAUGUUUUGUUUAUGGAAACACAUUAUUCAGAAAUUUGUAACCAGACUCCACUGGCUGCACGCUACUGUCGUGUUGCUUGUGCAUUUAUGUGUGGUCGUCGUGGUACUAUUUUUCAUGAAGUCAAAUCUGUGUUAAAUCAAAUUUGGCAUAUAUACGCUUCACAAAACCAAUUGUUGAAUUUCAAAGACCCUAUACCCGGAAUUGAGUCGUUUUAUGAUUUUUACAAAACACUAAGUGAACAUUAUAUGAGUGUGUCAUAUUCUGACCCAGUUUUUGGAGCUUAUGUAUUACUCCCUCUACAAAGAAAACAUAGUGUUGAACUAAGAAAACUAGUAUGGUCAGAAAUUGAUUUACCAGAGACAAUAAACAUUGAUGAAGAACAUUUAAACAGAAUACCGCUUCAUAAUUACACACAGCCAGUUGAGACAAAUAAAGAACUCUUACAAAUGUACACUCGCGCUGAAGGUUUACGGCGAAAAUUGAUUUUGUAUAAAAUUGCAAUGACACAUUUAAAACAGCUUUAA